ACAGGAGAGGAGGAGGAGUUGUGAAGUGGCCCUCUGUUAAAUAGAUGUCACACUGUAAACAGAUCAUUCAGCUGCAGGAAGUGAGGGAGAGUCAGCAUCUGGCAUGGAAUCUAAAAUCAUUUAUUUUACAGUGAACGGAAGACCAGAGCAAGCAGAGUUCCCUGUUGACUGUCCUGCACAGGAUGUCAAAGAUCUGUUCCGAUCAGCAGCUGAAGCUGGGCCUCACGAUAUCCUAAAGCUCUACAACCCCAAAGGCAACAUCAUCAACAUCUCCCCUCAGCUGACCCCAAACAGCCCUCAUUCCUGCUACAAGCUGGAGGUGGUUGCUGCAGACUGCAACAGUGAGCCAUUAGGUACAGAGCUGGCAGUGGCCUUGGGCUUCGAUUUGUCCUCCAUGGAGAAAAGGUUACAAAGCCUGGAGAAGAAGAUUCUUACUGAAGCUAGUGAGACUCCGGCCAUUGUUUAUGAGAUGAAGAGACAGGUGGAGUCGUUCCGGGAAAAACUGGAGAGUGUGGAGCACCUGAGCUGGCUGGGGCUGUUUAAAGAACUCUCAGAGAGACCCCAUAAACCUUCACCGUUCUACCAUAAGAGAACGCUGCGCAAGACACGUGAAGAGUGUGAGCACGUCCGGGAAAAGUUCCUCCAGAUGAGUACUCUGGAGGUCUCAGAGGAGGUGAGACAAUACCUGAAGACACCCACCUUUGACAACUGGCAGUGGGAGGACGCAGAGAUCAUGGUGCUGCUUCAGGUGAUGUAUACAGACCUGGACUUCAUCUCCACCUUCAACAUAGAGCUGGACGUCCUGCAGCAGUUUCUCUAUGAGGUCUACAAGCGCUACAACAACAUCCCAUUCCACAACUUCAAACACUGCUUCUGUGUCACUCAGAUGAUGUAUGGGCUGAUAUGGCUGACGGAUCUGAGGAGCAAGAUUGACAGUGUUGAUCUCCUGAUCAUGCUGACUUCAGCUGUGUGUCAUGAUUUAGAUCACACCGGCUACAACAACGCCUACCAGAUUAAUGCUCGCACUGAACUGGCCUUGAGGUACAAUGACAUCUCCCCUUUAGAGAAUCAUCACUGUGCUGUAGCGUUUGAGAUACUGGAAAAGAAUGAAAGUAAUAUUUUCCGGAAUCUGACGACAGAGCAGUAUAAGAGGAUCAGGGAGGGAAUCAUUAAGUGUAUCUUGGCCACCGAUAUGAGCAGACACACAGAUAUCCUGAACAAAUUCAAAGCCAUCCUGUCUACCUUUGAUUUCGACAACAAGGACCACCGUGAUGUACUGAUGAUGAUCAUGAUCAAAGUGAGUGACAUUUCCAAUGAAGCACGCCCCAUGGACGUGGCUGAGCCGUGGCUGGACUGCCUGCUGCAGGAGUUUUUCAACCAGAGUGACAUGGAAAAGUUGGAGGGUCUCCCAGUGACCCCAUUCAUGGACCGAGACAAAGUGACCAAACCUUCCUCUCAGACCGGCUUCAUCCGCUUCGUUCUGUUCCCUCUCUUCAUCGAGCUGGCAAAUCUCUUUCCAUGUCUAGAGCAACAUAUCAUUGACCCAGUGAGGAAAGCUCUGGACUACUACACAGAGAUGGAGAAAGCACUAGAGCGAGAGAAGCAGAAUCGGGCCCAGAGUGAAAAGGCCAAACCUAAAGAGAGCACCACCCCAAAGGAGUCUGAACUUUCACCAGAGCCACUUCAACCAAGCGCAGUGUAAUCAGUACACACUGGAGAGAAGGAAAAAAGUACAAACACUCGCUGUUUAAGUUAGACACCGAAAGAAAUAUAUAAUACUAUACAUAAUAAAUGAAAAACAAACAUAAAGAGUAUACUACACUAAAUGUAGAGUAUAAAUAAUGUACUCAAUUUAAAUGUGUUACAGGGUGACAUGUUGGUUUGAGUUUGACAUUUUGUAUAUUGUCUUUAUUUUAUUGUACCUCAAAUAAACCAA